AUGAAGCUCUUACAAAAAAUAACAUUUGUUCAAGUUUUGAUGAUGCCAAUGGUGAUAUGGAUCGUGCCCAUGACUUAUGGGACUCAUGAUCAUGGUCAUGGUCAUGGUCAUGGUCAUGGUCAUGGUCAUCACGCACCCGAAGCUGGUUGGCUUGAUGCCCGUGCCACAUUUUACGGUGACAUCAAUGGUGGCGAAACCCAUCAGGGAGCCUGUGGAUAUGGUGAUUUACACAAACAAGGCUUCGGUUUAGCCACAGCAGCACUAAGCACAGCGCUAUUCAACAAUGGCUCCACUUGUGGGGCAUGUUACGAGAUCAAGUGUGCGAAUAGUCCACAGUGGUGUUUGCCCGGAAGCAUCAAGAUCACAGCUACAAACUUCUGUCCACCAGAUCCCAGCAAUAAAAAAGACAGCUGGUGCAACCCACCACAGAAACACUUCGAUCUCUCCCAACCAAUGUUCCUCAAAAUCGCUCAGUACAAAGCCGGGGUUGUCCCAGUUAGAUACAGACGUAUUCAUUGUACCAAGACCGGAGGUGUCAAGUUUGAAAUCAAGGGAAACCCUCAUUUCGUUAUGAUCUUGCCGUACAAUGUAGGAGGAGCCGGAGAUGUUAAGGAAUUGUGUAUUAAGGGAACCAAUACCGAUUGGAUCAAGAUGCAGAAGAACUGGGGACAGAUUUGGAACACUGGUGUUGUUUUGACCGGACAAUGCUUGUCGUUUAGGAUCACUACAAGUGAUGGAGCUAGGAAAGAUUUUAUGGAUGUGACACCGACAAAUUGGGGAUUUAACGGACAGAGUUAUGAUGCAAAGAGUAACUUUUAG